UCACUUCUGCGCUUUGGUUUUCUUAGUCAGAUAUAUGUUUCUCAAAGGCUCUUUAAUUUCUAAUCGGAAUACUUUAUGGAUAAAUUUUAUUGUGAAGAUGUGUAAUUUCUCCUUUUUUUUUUUGUUUUGUUUUUCUCCUUUUUUGUUUUGUCACUGAGAUUGUGAAUUAUUUUUUCGCCGAUCUAUGAUUUUACAUAUAAGUUUUUCAAAGGCUCUUUCUCUUAAUUUUCUAAGGGUUACCUCUACUCUUUAAUUUCUCAAAGGAUAACUUUACGUAUCUAUUUUGUUGUGAAGAUCUGAAUUUAUUUUUUGUUUGGAUCGAGAUGAUAUGUAUACCUGUUAUUUAUUUCAUUUAUUUUUUGUACGGAUCUAUAUAUUUUUUUUGUGAUUUGAACAAUUUUAGCGUAACAAAAGCUAUCGAUUAUUUUGUAUGUUGACAUGUAGUAUUGCUAUGUUCUUGAGAUUGUUCAUAUAUUGAUUGAUGAAUUUCAUCUAGAUCUCUUAGUGUUACUUUGACAUGUUAUUAGUUUGACUGUUUGAGGAUCCAUUUGAGUUUGUAUUUAGACUUAAUUUUUUUAUAUCAAUUAAUUUUGUCAUGUUCGCUUGAUGAAUUUUAUCUGGAUCUCCAAGUGUUGCUUAGACAUAUUUGUUUCUCUAAGUUCUCUACUCUUUAAUUUCUUAAAGAAAAAGUACCCCACACACCAUGUGAUAUGCACGUUGCCAUGAACAAAUGAGUGUGCUGUCAAUUGUAUAUACUAGUGGUGUUAAUAUUAAAACGCGGCCCAAUAAAUUGAGCCAUUUAUAAUUUCUGGAUCUCUAAUGGUCGGUCUGGUUGUAUGGAAUGGAAGGAAAGAAAAUUAUGGAAACCAAUGAAUGAACUAAUAUUACUUUAUAGUCAUUGAUUUUCAUAAUUUUAUUUCCUCGCAUUUUCAUUUUCAUAGAACCAAUGGACCAUAAGGGUUGUUUCGACAUCUUAAGCUAAUAUUAUUCUGAAUAUCUAUAUUUUUUUUUUUGGCUUUCGCACCGGUUCCGACCCACCAAAGGUGGACGACUAAUCCAGCUCGUGCGUAGAGGCAUGCGCACUGGCCAAGCGUUAUAUCUAUAUUUGUUCUCUAAGUCCUCUACUCUGAAUCUGUAAUUUUUUAUCGUUGACCUUUAUUUAUUUAUUUAUCUAUUUUUUGAAAAUGAUAUUUAAAUACACAAUACCAUAAUAUGCACUUGGGGCAAUGAACAAAUGAGUGUGUAGUAUUACCCUUUUAUCUAUUUAUUCAAGUGUCAAUAGCACAGUUAGAGUGUCAAUAUGCACUUGAGCCCGUUUAUAUUGUUUACAAAAAUAUUGUAUACGAAUCCCUAAUUCCCCUUUCAGAAAUUGAGUUCGUUUGUCCAGAUUUGAUCAACCCUAAUUCCACAAUCACUUCUUUGUUCUUUUUGAAAUUCAAGGAAGAAACUAUGGAAGGUUUGAAUGCUAUGGAAGGUUCGAAUCCAUCACUUUUAGAGGAAGACUAUGCACCCUCAAUGAAACCGUGGAUUCGGAUUCAACAUCCUUUGCCUUUGAAAGAUGAUGUUCCUAUGGAUGAUGAAGGUCUUGAGCCUUUUCCUAUGAUCUCAAAGAAUCCGCCGAUUUCGAAUCCAAUGCUGUUGGCAGCUGUUAAUGCUAUCGUUGAAGGUUCGAAUCCAUCACUUUUAGAGGAAGAAACUAUGGAAGAUUUGAAUGCUAUGGAAGGUUCGAAUCCAUCACUUUUAGAGGAAGACUAUGCACCCUCAAUGAAACCGUGGAUUCGGAUUCAACAUCCUUUGCCUUUGAAAGAUGAUGUUCCUAUGGAUGAUGAAGGCCUUGAGCCUUUUCCUAUGAUCUCAAAGAAUCCGCCGAUUUCGAAUCCAAUGCUGUUGGCAGCUGUUAAUGCUAUCGUUGAAGAGUUCAAUGCACAACUUAACGAUGCACAACUUAACGAUGCACAACUUAACGAUGCACAACUUAACGACGGAUGGUUUUCUGAUGAGUGCAAUGCACUUUAUUACCGAUACUUUAGGCAUCAGGGUCACUUUAUUGCGAUUAAGAAUUGCAUUGAGCUGUCUAACCGUAGUGUUGAAGAAUGUAUGUUCAAAAUAUUUGAAGACCACAAUUUUUGUGUUGCACAGAUUAGUGAGCCUCCUUGGGAACAAAUUGAUGAGCUCUUGGAUAUCCAGAUUGUGGAACCAACUGGCCAUCAUGGUUUAAUGUUGAACGGAGGAGGAUGGCCAGCACUUGAUAUUGCUGCUGCUGCAGCCGCCCUCGAGGGAGGCGGUCUAGCUGAUGCUCUUGCUGCCGCCUUUGUUCAUUUUCUUGCUGAUAGUCAUAUCAGUGGUUUUGUUCGUGCUGGUCUUGAUCAUGCUGUGGUGAUAUAUAGUGGCUACAUGGGUCCUUUUAAUGCUGUUGCUGAGGGAGCUGCUGUUGCUGUUGCUGAUGGAGCGGCUGUUGCUGUUGCUGAUGGAGCAGCUGUUGCUGUUGCUGAGGGAGCAGCUGUUGCUGUUGCUGAGGUAGCGGCUAAUUCUGUUGCUGAGGUAGCGGCUGAUUCUGUUGCUGAGGGAGCGGGUCCUGCUGCCGAGGGAGCUGAGGGACAUGAUGCUUCUAGUCUUGCAUGCUAUGUUGCUGUCUUUUCUGCAGCUGCGGUUGCUUUAGGGUUUCUCUUGUUCAAAAAGAAGAACUAGUUGUUGGUGCUGCAUAGGUUUAUUUUUAUAGUUUUCUGAGAUAUUGUGUCAUUCUUUGAAAUAUCAUUAGUACUUGUUUUUCCUUUCCUACAUGAUAAUGUAGUUCUGAACUAUGGUAAGAAUGCUGCUUCUGGAGGUCAUAUACAAGAUGAAUAUGAUCAAGGAUAUUUUCUACCA